CCGCCAUUUUGGCUGCCUCUGUCGGUCUGUUCAGUUACCACGUGAACCGCCGACGGAGACCCGUGGGGGGGGGGAGGCGGCGGCAGCGUUAAGUGAGAAAGGAAAAAAGACAACGAGGGGAAGGGGGGUGUCGGGGUUGGGUGACGCGGUGACACUCGAGGCCUGGUGGUGGCGGUGGAUCGGGGCAAUCAAGGCUGAAGCGGCCAGGGGACGACGACGGCGGCGGCGGCGGUCGGACAAACAGACUGACCGAGCCGGGCGGUGGCGGGACCAGCGGGAGGAGCCGGAACGAUGCCGGCCGUGAGCCUCCCGCCCAAGGAGAACGCUCUUUUCAAGCGGAUCUUGAGAUGUUAUGAACAUAAACAGUAUCGAAAUGGGUUGAAAUUCUGUAAACAAAUCCUUUCUAAUCCCAAAUUUGCAGAGCAUGGAGAAACCCUGGCUAUGAAAGGAUUAACAUUGAACUGUUUGGGGAAAAAGGAAGAAGCGUACGAAUUGGUUCGUAGAGGUUUGAGAAAUGACUUGAAGAGUCAUGUGUGUUGGCAUGUUUAUGGCCUUCUCCAGAGGUCAGACAAGAAAUAUGAUGAAGCCAUUAAAUGUUAUAGGAAUGCAUUAAAAUGGGAUAAAGACAAUCUUCAAAUCUUAAGGGACCUUUCUUUACUACAGAUUCAAAUGAGAGAUCUUGAGGGUUACAGGGAAACGAGGUAUCAAUUACUUCAGCUUCGCCCUGCACAGAGAGCAUCAUGGAUUGGUUAUGCUAUUGCUUACCAUUUAUUAGAAGAUUAUGAAAUGGCAGCAAAGAUUUUAGAAGAAUUUAGGAAAACACAACAGACAUCCCCUGAUAAAGUGGAUUAUGAAUAUAGUGAACUCCUUUUAUAUCAGAACCAAGUUCUUCGGGAAGCAGGUCUCUAUAGAGAAGCCCUGGAACAUCUUUGUACCUAUGAAAAGCAAAUUUGUGAUAAACUUGCUGUAGAAGAAACCAAAGGGGAACUUCUGUUGCAGUUAGGUCGUUUGGAAGAUGCAGCCGAUGUUUAUAGAGGAUUACAAGAGAGAAAUCCUGAAAACUGGGCCUAUUACAAAGGUCUGGAAAAGGCACUCAAACCAGCUAAUAUGUUAGAACGACUAAAAAUUUAUGAGGAAGCCUGGACUAAAUAUCCCAGGGGACUGGUGCCAAGAAGACUACCAUUGAACUUUUUAUCUGGUGAGAAGUUUAAAGAAUGUUUGGAUAAGUUUCUAAGGAUGAAUUUCAGCAAAGGUUGUCCACCAGUCUUCAAUACUUUGAGGUCAUUAUACAAAGAUAAAGAAAAGGUGGCAAUCAUAGAAGAAUUAGUAGUAGGUUAUGAAACCUCUUUAAAAAGCUGCCGGUUGUUUAACCCUAAUGAUGAUGGAAAAGAGGAACCACCAACCACAUUACUUUGGGUCCAGUACUACUUGGCACAACAUUAUGACAAAAUUGGUCAGCCAUCGAUUGCUCUGGAAUACAUAAAUACUGCUAUUGAAAGUACACCUACAUUGAUAGAACUCUUUCUUGUGAAAGCUAAAAUCUAUAAGCAUGCUGGAAAUAUUAGAGAAGCUGCGAGGUGGAUGGAUGAGGCCCAGGCCUUGGACACAGCAGACAGAUUUAUCAAUUCUAAGUGUGCAAAGUACAUGCUAAAAGCCAAUCUGAUAAAAGAGGCUGAAGAAAUGUGCUCAAAGUUUACAAGGGAAGGAACAUCAGCAGUAGAGAAUUUGAAUGAAAUGCAGUGCAUGUGGUUCCAGACAGAAUGUGCCCAGGCUUAUAAGGCAAUGAAUAAAUUUGGUGAAGCACUUAAGAAGUGUCAUGAGAUUGAGAGACAUUUUAUAGAAAUCACUGACGACCAGUUUGACUUUCAUACAUACUGUAUGAGGAAGAUUACCCUUAGAUCAUACGUGGACUUACUAAAACUAGAAGAUGUACUUCGACAACAUCCAUUUUACUUUAAAGCAGCAAGAAUUGCUAUAGAGAUUUAUUUGAAGCUUCAUGACAACCCCCUUACAGAUGAGAAUAAAGAACAUGAAGCUGAUACAGCAAACAUGUCUGACAAAGAGCUAAAGAAGCUACGGAAUAAACAAAGAAGAGCUCAAAAGAAAGCCCAGAUAGAAGAAGAGAAAAAAAAUGCAGAAAAAGAAAAGCAGCAGAGAAAUCAGAAAAAGAAAAAGGAUGAUGAUGAUGAGGAAAUUGGAGGUCCAAAAGAAGAGCUUAUCCCUGAGAAACUAGCCAAGGUUGAAACUCCAUUGGAAGAAGCUAUUAAAUUUUUAACACCGUUGAAGAACUUGGUGAAGAACAAGAUAGAAACGCAUCUUUUUGCCUUUGAGAUUUACUUUAGGAAAGAAAAGUUUCUUUUGAUGCUACAAUCAGUAAAGAGGGCAUUUGCUAUUGAUUCUAGUCAUCCCUGGCUUCAUGAGUGUAUGAUUCGACUCUUUAGUGCUGCAGUGUGUGAAAGUAAAGAUUUACCUGAUACAGUUAGAACAGUAUUAAAACAAGAAAUGAAUCGUCUUUUUGGAGCAACGAAUCCAAAGAAUUUUAAUGAAACUUUUCUGAAAAGGAAUUCUGAUUCAUUGCCACACAGAUUAUCAGCUGCCAAAAUGGUAUAUUAUUUAGAUCCUUCUAGUCAGAAACGAGCUGUAGAGUUGGCAACAACGCUUGAUGAAUCCCUCACUAACAGAAACCUCCAGACUUGUAUGGAGGUAUUAGAAGCCUUGUGUGAUGGUAGCCUAGGAGACUGUAAAGAAGCUGCUGAAGUUUAUAGAGCAAAUUGUCAUAAGCUUUUCCCCUAUGCUUUGGCUUUCAUGCCUCCUGGAUAUGAAGAGGAUAUGAAGAUCACAGUUAAUGGAGAUAGUUCUGCAGAAACUGAAGAACUGGCCAAUGAAAUUUGAACAUCAUUAAACAAGCAAUUGGAAUGACUUUGGACCAUAUCUAGUGUAUAAUAUUUUUGUCACGCACCUGCUGCAUUGCUCUAACUUACACAGAAUGAGAAGAGUAAAUGUUCUUGCCUUCAAAUAGUGUUUUACGUUUUUUUAUCCUGCUGAAAAAGUAUAUAUAAAAUAUCUAACAUAUUACAGGAUAUAGGUUCAGUUUCUUAAAAAAUUAAAAGCUGCUAAAAUUGAGGGAUUAAAAGAAGAUACCUUAUUCUAUUCCUACCUACCCACCCAUGUUUUUUAACUAAUUUAUAUAAAAUCUGGAGGCUGUUACAGCUAACAAAGCAGGUGUGUGGCAGAAAUAUUACUUUAAAAUUUGUCUUGUGAGAUUUUACUAUAUCUCAGACAGCAAAAACGCUGUUUUAGCACUGGAUUCUUUCACUGAGCACAAAGAGUUGUUGGGGCUUUAGCAUCUGACUGAUUUUGUUACGGGGUUGAUUCUGACCAUAGGAAGUAUGCAAUGUGAAUCACUAUUUACAGAGAAACCUACAACAGAUGCUUGAUGUUGUAGAAGCUGGGACAUAUAGAUACCAAGCAGAACUAUAAGAAACCUAGAGGGUGUUCAAUACGCUUGUUGUGUUUCCAAAAUUCACUGUACAUGAUCAGUUUGGUGUUCUUGUACCACAGUUUUUAACUGAAGGAACCAGUUGGAACAAUCUCAAUUUUAACUAAAACUUGAAGAACUAAAAUAGCAAUGCAAACCUUUCAGCAUUGUUUUGGCCAAACUUGUUAAAACUGUAAUGCAAGAACCAAAUGCACUGUGAUGUGGCACCAACUAAUUAGCACGCAUGAAUUUUUUCACCCAAGAGUGAAAAAAGAAAAUCUACCGUGGCUUGAAGUUAAAGAGCAGAACUCCUGACUACCAUUCUAUGACUGAUCAAGAGACUAAUAGUUUAAAACCUCAGCAGGCCUUGUUCACGAUAUGCAGAAAAAAAGUGCUGCAGUUUAGAUACCUCUGGAAUUUUUCCACAGUGUCACAGGUUUGUAAUACUUGAAGCCCUACAUUUCUAAGAAUAUAUUUCUUGCUCAGUCGUUUCAGGCAAGCCCAAGACUUUGUAAUUUUUAAAGGGCCCAAGAUUUUUUUUUCAAUAACAGACCAGCUUCUUUUUCCUGCAGUUACAGAUGUAAUUUCCUUUUUGUUGUCAAACAUAAGGUACCAAAUAUGAUGCAAUAAAUUGUUUUGAAAAACAGUUGUGUGAAUAUUUCAACUAAUCUGUGUUGGGCUUCUGUGAAAAUACACAGGUGGAAACAGAGGUGCAAGCCAGAGGCAAUGUAACUUGCUGUACAACUAGUGCUGAUGGGAGCGUUUAGGAUGGGCCAAGUGCCGAUGUCAGGGGAACUCCGUAAUGCGGGUGUAGUGCCUCUCCUGCAUUAAGAUUUCAUCGAGGGCUAGGAUGGUGGCAGGUACUAUGAAUGUAAUUCCUAACUCAUCAUUUGAGAGGAAAACUGAAUACUGCGAUUUUGAUGGAGAAAACGAGCCUUAAAAUGUUAAACCUAUAUACUGAGAUCCGGCCUCAGGCUCAAUAUUCUCAUUGCGUUUGCAAGAUCCGAGCAAAUUAAGUGACUCAAUUGUAUAUAUAAUUGACCUUUUUGUGGUACUUUAAGUUUAUAAGACGUAUAUUCUAAAGGGAAUUUUCAGGAGACCUUCUGCUCCUACUGACUGAACAGUUGUGCUAAACUCAACCUUUCAUAGUACGUGACCUGCAUUCCGCGUCCCAGUCUGACGAAUUAGUGAUGUAAAGAGAAGUACAAACUGAACUCCAGUGCUUUGUUAUGUUUUUUUAACUGGCCCUGUCUCAGGAACAUCUUAACAGAUGGCAAAAAACAAACAAACUUUUUUUCAACUUCUCCUAUGAGUGGCAACUGAAGUUCUUAUUGUUGGGAAAGAACACUAGUGCUACCUCUGCCACUACUGAGGUGUUGGGAGGAGGCACCAGCCAUAUAAUAGGGGUAUAUGUGUGAAUUAUGUUCAAACUCUACUGUAUAUUGAAAUGAAAUUCAUAUAUUUGUCUUGAUAAUGUUCAAAUGAUGUAGAUUGUCUUAGAAUGAAAAUUCAUAAAUACUCAGAACUCUUGAUGCAGAUGCCACCCGUGAGGAGCUAAAUUCCUAACAUGUAUAUUGUACUCCAACCCAAUUUUACUGGAACUAUUGAAUAAAUAUUUUAUUUUCUUUCAGGUUUA